UAGGUUAGGUGAAAAAAUAAAGGGAACUGAGGGAGACCGAGCUAUCACCGGUCUACAUCAUGAGACUAAAAAGAGGUCUUUCGAUGCGCUUCAUAUAUAUUUUAAACUUCCCCGUAAAGAAGUUCCCUGACGUAGGAGGGUUACAGAAGUCUCAAUAGAAGGUAUAGCUCCGAAUACGGAAAUAGAAAAAGCGUCACAUCCCACGCUGGAGGGGUAAUCGACCAUAGGAAACCCAAUCGCGAACUCAAUGGUAGAAAAUUGAAACUAGCAACGUACAGAGUAUAUCGGAAAACAUAUUCCUGAGUUGCCUGAACUUGUAUUCUUAGACAACAGCCAACCAACUUCAAAUAAGCCAUGGCAGACUCACUAUUCUCGCUCAAGGGCGAGACGGCCCUUAUAACAGGCGGCACAAGGGGAAUCGGACAAUCCGUCGCCAUCGGGCUGGCUGAAGCGGGCGCCGACAUAAUAUUAGUGCAGCGUUCCACAGCCUCAACCGAGACUAAAACCGCCAUCGAGGCGCUCGGCCGCAAAGCCACCAUCUACACCGCCGACCUAUCCAACAUAACCGACGUAGCAAGCCUAAUCCCCAAAAUCGUCGCAGACGGCCACACAAUCCGGAUCCUCGUAAACUGCGCAGGCAUUCAAAUCCGGCACGCGCCCGAAGUAUUCCCCGACAGCGACUACCGCGCCGUCAUGGGCGUAAACGCGGACGCUGUAUUCGCGUUAUGCCGGGACGCAGGAGCGCACAUGCUGACACUACCGGAGUCAGAAGUGACGGGUCGACGGGGGAGUAUAGUGAACUACGCGAGUCUGCUAUCGUUCCAGGGAGGGUUGAACGUUCCGGCGUACGCGGCGAGCAAGGGUGCGGUGAUGCAGAUGACGAAGGGGUUUGCGAAUUCGUGGGCGGGGCGCGGGGUCAAUGUUAACGCUAUCGCGCCGGGGUAUAUCGCUACGGAUAUGAACGAGGCGCUGAUCGCAGAUGCGGAGCGCGCGGCGAGUAUUAGUGCGAGGAUACCGGCGGGCAGGUGGGGUGGUCCGGAGGAUUUUAAGGGGAGUACGGUGUUUUUGGCCAGUCGGGCUGGGGCGUAUGUUAGUGGGCAUACGCUUGUUGUUGAUGGUGGGUGGAUGGGGAGGUGAGAAUGAGUGGAAGAGUAAGGAGUGGGUGGAGGGUGGUGAUGGGGUCAGAUUUUUACGAGAAUUGUUAAGUCACGGAAAUGUAAACCAAUUGGG